CUUACGAGGACAUGCAAAGGAAGAGACAAAGUUCUUAUUCUUUACUUCCGCCAUAUACCAAACUCAAAAUCCGUUUCUUUCUUUCUUCUCCCCUCUUUACUACAAAACCACAAACUCCAAUGUACUUACUUCAUUUAUCAAAGCCAUCAUCCCCAUUCAUUCAUCAACCAUCUCCAACGUUGUGCAAACCAAAAUGCGCAACAACGACCACAUACCCGUUCACCACGUCCACGGUCCCAACCCCAAACCCAUGAAACUGAACCGGCAUCACUCGGUUCGCUACUACGUCCAUCGAGUCCACGAAAGCCUCACUACGCGGGUCUCCAAGAUGAUCUGCGCCACCUUCUUGGGCCUCCUUUUCAUUGUGGGCCUCAUCACCUUCAUCCUCUGGCUCAGUCUCCGGCCCCACAGGCCCAGGUUUCACAUCCACCAGUUCAACAUGCCCGGUCUCACCCAAAAUUCCGGCUUCGAAAACGCCGUCAUAACCUUCAACGUAACAGCGCGAAACGCCAACCAAAACAUCGGGGUUAACUAUGAGUCCAUGGACGGAGCGGUUUAUUACCGGGACCAGAAAAUCGGCUACACGCCGUUACUCUUUCCGUUUUAUCAAGAGCCCAAGAACACGACGGAGGUGGACGGUGAACUUAGCGGCGCCUCGUUGACCGUUAGUAGUGACAGUUGGUCGGAGUUCCAGAGCGACAGGGCUGACGGUAGCGUGGUGUUCCGCUUGGAAUUGAUAUCUGUGAUCAGAUUCAAGAUUUCGUCGUGGGAGAGCAAGCGGCACACAAUGCACGCCAAUUGUGACGUGGGAGUGGGUUCCGAUGGUACCCUCUUGGCCAACUUCAAGGACAAGAGAUGUCCCGUUUAUUUCUCUUGAGGAAAGGAUGCUCUUUUCACUAAUUUCUUUCUCCAAUUAAUUCAUUAACUUUUUUUUUUUUCGACCCUAUUUUUUUAAUCUUAAUUUUUAUUUUCUUAAAAACAUUCAUUGUGGUUUCAUAUUUGUGUAAUUUUUAUAAUUCUCUUAUAUUUAUGUUG